UUAUCGUAUUCAUCAACCUCUCGAGAAACUAAAUCCAACUAAACCAAUCCAAUCACACUCAGCAAAGCAAAAUUCCACUUUUUUUUUUUUGGAAAAAUAAAUACAAAAAAAUACUUUAGUAAUUCGUUGGUUUCCAAAACGCAACGACAGCAAUCCACACCCUAAAAAAAAAGUCAAAAAAAGAAACCAACCUUCAACACCUUCCCUUCCACAUCCAAAUAAUCAACAAAUAUUCUCUCUUUUUUUUAUUGUUAAUUAUUAAUUAUCAGAAUCUCUGUUAUUCUAUGGUAAUUCAAGACGAAGCAGAGAAGAAGAAGAAGCCUUCUGAAGAGGCCAAGUCUUCUGCGGAGACGCCCAUGGCGAGUUCUUCCGGUGCUGCUUCUCCUGCUACACCUUCCUGGUUCACCCCCAGACGGCUGCUUAUUAUCUUUUGUGUUAUUAACUUGUUAAAUUACGUGGAUCGAGGAGCAAUAGCAAGCAAUGGUGUGAAUGGGAGUCGUAGAACUUGUACAAAAAGCGGUACAUGCUCAUCCGGUAGCGGAAUACAGGGGGACUUUAACCUGAACAAUUUUCAAGAUGGAAUUCUUUCAUCGGCUUUUAUGGUUGGACUUCUCAUUGCUUCUCCAAUAUUUGCUUCAUUAGCAGAAAGUCUAAAUCCAUUUCGGCUUAUUGGAGCUGGAUUGUCAGUCUGGACUAUUGCUGUAACUGGUUGUGGUUUGUCAUUUGAGUUCUGGUCUAUUACAAUCUGCCGAAUGCUAGUUGGUGUUGGUGAGGCUUCAUUCAUAAGUCUUGCAGCUCCGUUCAUUGAUGAUAAUGCCCCAACUGCUCAGAAAACAGCGUGGCUUGCGAUUUUCUACAUGUGUAUUCCAACAGGAUAUGCACUUGGCUAUGUUUAUGGUGGAUUGGUCGGCGACCAUUUUAAUUGGCGUUUCGCAUUCUUUGGGGAGGCAAUUUUGAUGCUUCCUUUUGCUGUUCUAGGUUUCGUUAUGAAGCCUUUGCAAAUGAAAGGUUUUUCUCCCACUGAUUCAAAAAAGGCACUGACAGCCGUGGAGACAACUGUUUCACAAGUUCAAGAUUCAGAUGUUUCCAAUGGAAAGCUGGAAACAUUCUCAGGGGAGGAACAAUUCAGACGUAGAAGCUCACAUGAAUCUUCCGAGUUAACAGUUGUAAGCAAAAUAAGAAAUCAGUUCUUAAGAUUUGCUAAAGAUAUGAAGGUGCUUUUGGUUGAUAAGGUGUACAUCGUUAAUGUCCUAGGUUACAUAGCAUACAACUUUGUCAUUGGCGCUUACUCAUACUGGGGGCCCAAGGCUGGUUAUAACAUAUACCAUAUGACUAAUGCAGACAUGAUAUUCGGAGGCAUUACUAUUGUGUGCGGAAUAUUGGGCACUCUAGCAGGAGGCUUUGUCCUGGAUUUCAUGACUAACUCUAUUUCAAAUGCUUUUAAGCUUCUUUCAGCAACAACAUUUAUCGGGGCGGUUUUUUGUUUCAGUGCCUUCUGUUUCAAGAGCUUGUAUGGUUUCCUAGCAUUUUUUGCAAUUGGUGAACUAUUUGUCUUUGCCACUCAGGGCCCUGUAAAUUUUAUCUGCCUGCAUUGUGUUGCACCCAAUAUGAGGCCACUAUCAAUGGCUAUUUCUACUGUUUCAAUUCACAUCUUUGGUGAUGUCCCAUCGUCGCCUCUUGUUGGAGUUCUCCAGGACAAUAUAAACAACUGGAGGAAGACUGCCCUUAUACUGACGUCUAUUCUCUUUCCAGCAGCGGGAAUAUGGUUUAUAGGAAUAUUUCUCAAGAGCGUUGAUAGAUUUAAAGAUAGUGAGAAUCCUGUUAACCCCGGUGGCAGAUCAAACACAACACCUUUGCUUGAGGGCAAUUUAGCAGAAACAAAGUCUUCCGCUGAGGCGUAAUUAAAUGCCCUUUUGGGGUUGGUGCACCGUAAAUUAGUCCCCAAGCAAUUCUUCUUGUGCCCCACCCCCUAUUUUUUAGGUUUUCUUCUUUUUCAAUUCCGAGUUUCCUGUAAAUGUGAAUCGAAAUGGUAAGAGAAAGGCUGUUGUGUUUCAACUGCGUGUGGGAAUAUUCCAUGUCUUUUUUAUACCCGCGUGUAUUCAGUAGUAAUACAUAAAAUCGAUAAUAUAAGGUCCCGUUCA